AUGCAUGUCCAGAGCGGCAAUAAGUUGACGCAAUAUGUCACCAAGAUUGAACGUGAGCCGGUCACAGAUGAUGAUGGGCAAAGAUUUUGUGAUACCUGCAAGAAUAUUCGGCUCCCGUUAGGACCGGAGUUUCAGAAACAUAUCAACGGAUAUUUAGAGCUCGCAUCACGCGCCAUUCAUUGCGCCCUAUGCAAUCUUGUGCGCAGAGGACUGCAAAGGGAAUUCCUCGCUACGUCCGCUGCUGUAAUGGACCAAUACGACGCAGAUCGGCUUGAUAGAGAAAUAUCCAGCAGCGUAAUUUUCAACAAUCGCUUCGUGUCAGGGAUCCCAGGAUGGGUUGCUCUGAGAGGCCGGAAGGACACGGUGACCUUCAUCGAUGUUUACGUAUCACCGAGGGCUUAUUGUGUGUUGAAAGUGUCUCCUGAUAUUGACACCGAGAUAAUGAACACCUGUGCUCCAUGUCGCUCGCCGUAUUCAUCAAAUAUACCCAGUCUUGGUACACCCAGGCGUGACCUCUCCUGGGGAUCUUUGGAGCUCUAUUAUGCGAGAAUGCUUCUCUGGCAAGAUGUGCGUACCAGUGGUAGGGCAAUAAACACCCUGCCCUCGCGCGUGAUAGAUGUGGGAAAUGAAGACGAUACAUGCCAUACUUUGAACUCGAAACCGAUUCGGCUGCUUGAACCAAACAGCGGAACCUUGGGCAGUUACAUGACUUUGAGCCAUCGUUGGAGCUCAACAGGCCAUAUCACGACAACUAGAAAUAACAUCGGAGACCAUCGAAAAGUUAUUCCGUGGCAAAAGCUUUCCCGCACCUUUCAGGAAGCUAUUAUCAUAUGCCGAGAAAUGGGCGUCCGAUACCUGUGGAUCGACUCGCUCUGCAUUAUACAAGAUGAUGAGGCUGAUUGGCAGCGUGAGUCAAGGCUUAUGGGGGACAUUUACCGGAACUCUAUAUGUACUCUCGCAUGUCAUAUCAGAGACAAUGAGAACAAAGGAUUUUUGGACAGGGCCCUUCGCAAAAGCAUGGUCAUUCUCCGCGGAGAAAACGAACAGGCUUUUCGGUUCUCAUUGCCAAGCCAGUUCUCCCGGGCUAUAGUACAUGAGAGCGCAAUCAACUGGCGAGGAUGGGUACUACAAGAGCGUUUACUUUCGAGAAGGAUUCUCCAUUUUCUUCCAUCACAAACUUAUUUUGAAACCGAGUUCAAUCGGGUUAUGUCCCUCGAAACGAAGAGAUAUGAGUUUCUUGAAAGUACCCCUGGACUUGGACCAAGUAUCCUUACGCGAUCGCAACCUCGGCAGGCUAUCGGAGAGUGGCACCAAAUUGUUGAAUGGUUUUCUCAGUGCGCUUUAACCAGAUCAAGGGACAGACUUCCAGCCCUGGCUGGCAUUGCUUCGCUUAUACAGCGUCGGCUUUCGGAUGAUUAUCUUGCUGGCCUAUGGGGUUUUUCCUUCAUCGAAGAUUUAUGCUGGGUCGUAGCUGACGGAACCCAGACUAAGAAACCCGAAUCGCCUCGUGCGCCAAGCUGGUCAUGGGCAUCAUUGGAUGGAGCUGUCACCUACAUUGUUCCUGACAGCGAUACAGUAGGUACGAAUGCUGUUAAGUUUGGGCUUCGACUAGGUGGUGAUAAGUAUAAGUUAAAUACGGCUUUCAGUGACUUGUCUCGAGGGCAACUUCGUCGUGUUUCGCACAAGAGCGAUCAGGGGACACCUAGCUGGAUCGAACAACCGGUGUCAAUGAGUUUCAUGGGUAUACCAAAAACGCUACCCCAAAUCGGAAAGCUUGGCCAAGAGUCACCUGUGCCAAAGCAUGCGUUAGGUCUCAUGGGUACAGAACCAUUCUCGAAGAUCCGUCAUACUUCCUACAGACCAGUCAUGUUAGGAGGACAUACUGUAGGUAUUGUUAUACUUGACUUCGAGAAUGGGGAUUGCCACGAGCGACGAACACUUUGGUACCUUGAGUUAAACAGCAACAAGUUUGGCUACUGCGUGCUCAUUAUUUCGAAAAGAUCUGGAGAGCCAACAGUGUAUGGAAGAGAAGGUCUGGGGUUUCUUUUUUAUCGAGCAGAGACAGAAGAUGGCAGUAUGUAUGAUUUGUCGGAUAAUUUGCAUAGUCUGAAGGGUAAAGAGCUCGAGGAAGUUGUACUGAUAUGA